AUGGCCGGCAGAAGCCGCCGCUCCUGGCUGGCCGUCCUGCUGGGGCUCGUCCUGGGCUUCGUCCUGGCCUCCCGGCUCGUCCUGCCCCGCGCCGCCGACCUCCGCCGGGCCGGCCCCCGCCGCCAGGCCGCCCUCCGGGGCUGCCCCCCGCCGCCGCCGCCGCCCGCCGCCCGCCUGCAGCAGCGCCUGCAGCAGCAGCAGCAGCAGCAGCAACCGCUGCAGCCGCAGCCCGGGGCAGCGCGGGGCGGCGGCCUCCUCCUCCUCCCGCCCCGCGCCCACGGCUUCCUCUUCGUGGGCGUCAUGACGGCCCAGAAGUACCUGCACGGACGAGCCGUGGCCGCCUUCAGAACCUGGUCCAAGACUAUCCCUGGGAAAGUUGAAUUCUUCUCCAGUGAAGGUUCAGACACAUCUAUUCCGAUCCCUAUCGUGCCCCUACAAGGUGUCGAUGACUCCUACCCACCCCAGAAGAAGUCCUUCAUGAUGCUCAAGUAUAUGCACGACCACUACCUGGACAAGUUUGAAUGGUUUAUGAGAGCGGACGACGAUGUCUACAUCAAAGGGGACCGGCUGGAGAAUUUUCUGAGGAGUCUGAAUAGUAGCGAACCCCUCUUUCUCGGGCAGACAGGGCUGGGCACCACGGAAGAGAUGGGAAAGCUGGCGCUGGAACCUGGCGAGAACUUCUGCAUGGGGGGGCCCGGUGUGAUCAUGAGCCGUGAGGUGCUGCGGAGAAUGGUCCCCCACAUUGGAGAGUGUCUGCGAGAAAUGUACACCACCCAUGAGGACGUGGAAGUGGGGAGAUGCGUGCGGAGGUUUGCGGGAGUGCAGUGCGUCUGGUCUUAUGAGAUGCAGCAGCUGUUUUAUGAGAACUACGAACAGAACAAGAAGGGUUACAUCCGAGACCUGCAUAACAGCAAAAUACACCGAGCCAUCACCUUACAUCCGAACAAAAACCCCCCAUACCAGUAUAGACUUCACAGCUACCUGCUGAGUCGCAAGAUAGCGGAGCUGCGUCAUCGAACCAUCCAGCUCCACCGAGAGAUCGUCCUGAUGAGCAAAUACAGCAACACCGAAAUUCAGAAGGACGAUCUCCAGUUAGGGAUUCCACCGUCCUUUAUGCGCUUUCAACCCCGCCAGCGGGAGGAGAUUCUGGAAUGGGAGUUCCUCACCGGAAAGUACCUGUACUCCGCCACUGAGGGCCAGCCUCCUCGGAGAGGGAUGGACUCCUCUCAGAAGGAAGCCUUGGACGAUAUCGUGAUGCAAGUGAUGGAAAUGAUCAAUGCGAACGCCAAGACCCGUGGACGCAUCAUUGAUUUCAAAGAGAUACAGUACGGCUAUCGCAGGGUCAAUCCUAUGUACGGGGCUGAGUACAUUCUGGACCUGUUACUCCUGUACAAAAAACACAAAGGGAAAAAAAUGACGGUCCCCGUGAGAAGGCACGCCUACCUGCAGCAGACCUUCAGCAAGAUCCAGUUCAUGGAACAUGAAGAGAUGGAUGCCAAAGAGCUGGCCAAUAAAAUCAAUCAAGAAUCCGGGUCCCUGUCUUUCCUCUCCAACUCCCUGAAGAUGUUUGUGCCCUUCCAGCUCCCCGGAUCCAAGAGCGAGCACAAAGAACCCAAAGAUAAGAAGAUAAACAUCUUGAUCCCCCUCUCUGGCCGUUUCGAUAUGUUUGUCAGGUUCAUGGGGAACUUCGAAAAGACCUGUCUCAUUCCCAAUCAGAAUGUCCGGCUGGUGGUCCUCCUCUUCAAUUCUGACUCUAACCCUGACAAGGCCAAGCAAGUUGAAUUGAUGAGAGAUUAUCGCGUCAAGUAUCCUAAAGCCGACAUGCAGAUUUUGCCCGUUUCCGGAGAAUUCUCGAGAGCCCUUGCCCUGGAAGUUGGAUCGUCCCAAUUCAACAAUGAGUCUCUGCUCUUCUUCUGCGAUGUGGACCUGGUGUUCACUGCAGAGUUUCUGCAACGAUGUAGGGCCAACACCGUUUUAGGCCAACAAAUCUAUUUUCCCAUUAUCUUUAGCCAGUAUGAUCCAAAGAUUGUUUACAGUGGGAAAGUUCCCAGCGACAACCAUUUUGCCUUCACUCAAAAAACAGGCUUCUGGAGAAACUAUGGAUUCGGCAUCACGUGUAUUUAUAAGGGAGACCUCGUUCGAGCAGGUGGUUUUGAUGUGUCCAUCCAAGGCUGGGGCCUUGAGGAUGUAGAUCUUUUCAACAAAGUUGUCCAAGCUGGUCUAAAGACUUUUAGAAGCCAAGAAGUUGGAGUAGUGCAUGUUCACCACCCUGUCUUCUGCGAUCCCAAUCUCGACCCCAAACAGUAUAAAAUGUGCUUGGGAUCCAAAGCGUCGACUUACGGGUCAACUCAGCAGUUGGCUGAAAUCUGGCUUGAGAAAAAUGACCCAAGUUAUGGGAAAAGCAGCAAUAAUAAUGGCUCAGUGAGGACAGCCUAAUAAUGUCCAGCUCUGCUGGAGAAGACUUUUUUUAAUUAUCUAAUUUAUUUUUAAAGUUUUUUUAUAUUGAUAGGUCAUUUUUGAAGUCCACACAAGGAUCUAUUUUAGAAAUGAUUUUCUUAUCAAGAACUCCUCGAAGAAUGAGCUUUUUUGAACAACAAAAAAAAUGUGAUCGUUAUUUGCCUUUGAAGAUAACAUCUUGCUGAACAUUAUUCUAGCAGACCUGGAUUAUCAUGAUGACUUGAAAUAGAACUUUAUGAGGAACAAAAGACUUUUUUUUUAACUUUUCAUUCCAGUCUUCUUUGUCUUUGUUACAGUCCUGUAGAAGAAAACCUGACCAUUCAAACGAAGAAUUAUUGUAACAAAAACACUGUACCUUUGGUAAAUAAUCUGUUGACUGUUAUCAUUGCACAGAUUCUCCCUUUUUUAGCUCUUUUUCUUCAUUUUUUUGCAUUUUCUUUUUUUGAACAAAAGCCAUGUUGUGUUCCAAUGUAAAACAAAAAAAAAAAAAAGAAAAACAAAACAAAAGUGCAACAGAACUAAUGUUUCUUGUUUUCAGGCCUACUUUGAGAGAUUGGUUGUUCCACCCAGUUGACCAUUUGGCUCACUGGGAUUCUGUAAACUUUAGGGGGAAAAGAGGGAAGCACAAUAUGUUCUCCAGUUCCUUCUCUCAUAGCAAUUUGUCUUAUAGUGAUCCUAAGCAGAUCACAAAUUCCAUGGAGGUUGUGUCCUCUUUUACUAACCCCCCUGUUUCAGACUAAAGAGUUAAAUGUUCAUUUUUAGAAUGACACAACAAAAUAAUUGCUGUUUUCAAAGAAAAGUAAAAUAAAAAGUUCCCUUCCUAAUUAGGCAUUGGGGAAAAAAAAAUAAAGGCUUCUGUAACUGAUUGCAUUCACCUUAUCCAAUCUCUGUUAUGUUGGAAGUGAUUAUUUCCUUCUUUGAGUACUAGCUUGUUUAUUUUCUGUAUCUGAUAUACCUUUAAUUUAUUAUCGAUUGUUUAGAUUCCUGUCCUUUUCUUGGAUACCUGUUAGUCAUUAAUAUUUAUGUACAUUAGGAGUAUAAGCUCACUGUUAAGAUAGUGUAUGUCUUAUUUGCAGUAAACUGAUCUCCAAAGA